AUGCCUUCCAUAACGUGUAAAGUAAGAAGUUAGCCUGUGUUAAAAAGUGGUGAUCCCUGCAGAUUACCAAGGCAUCCAGUCUCCCAGCAAGUGCCAAGAGGCAUUCAUUCAAUGCUCCGCUGACACCAAUUUGCCCAAAGUUCACACAGCAAGAAGCCAAGGACCCACCGAGGCUGUCACUUGGAAGAGGUCAUUGUUGUUGCAUCCAGCAUCCCAGCCUGACUGCCUAGACAGGUCCCGCAGGUUGCUGAAUGGCAGAGGUGCAGGCUGCUCCACAGCAAGAUGUGAGACCAGUGUGGCAGAGUAUGAUGUGUACACAAAUGAGGGACACACUGUAGCCAACCCAGUAGAUUACCCGUGCUGCAGUGCUGAUUGGGUCCUCACCUUGUUGUAGGAGAGCUGACAACAUGUACCAGCCAGCAGCAACUCCCAUGCUAACAGGCUUCUCCCCCGUGGGUAUGUAGCACCUCUGGAGUCGCUCGAUGAAGAAGAGGAUGCUGGCGAGGCCUGUCGUGUUAGCCGGGAUGCGCCGGUAACAGAGCUGUGUCCGUUGGGGUUGUGUAGGCAAGCAUCUUCUUGGCAAGAUCCUCGUAGGUGGCCGCAAACAGUUUACGGCUGUGGGAUGAGAACUUGUCUUGUGAAUGUGACGUUGGGAGGAGGGAAGCACAGGGGAGGAGGAGGACGAGGAGGAAGAGAGUGAAGAGUCACAAGAGGAGGAGGAAGGUGGAAAGAAAGAGGAAGGAGAGGAGGAGGAGGAGGAGGAGGAGGAAGAUGGAGAAGGAAAGGAGAAAGAUAAGAAGGAAGGCAAUGUAGAAUGGAGGCGUCCUUGGUUUAUGUUCAGUAAAGCCCCGUAUUCUUGUCAUGGCAAUGUACGAGAAUGUAGAAUGGAGGCGUCCUUGGUUUAUGUUCAGUAAAGCCCUGUAUUCUUGUCAUGGCAAUGUAGAAUGGAGACGUCAUUGGUCACAUACUGUUCUAAUGUAUGUGCACUUGCCACGCUGUUCACCAGGCAAAAGGCGUUGCAGAAAGAGCGCGAGAUCACUGUGUUGUGGGAGAAGGACAGAGUCCCUUAGUGGUCAGCUGGUGACGGUCCACAACCACAGCCACUUUGAAGAGAAUGGCCUGAGCCACGACCACCUUGCUCAAGAAAAUAUCACGUUGACAGAGCUGAUUAAACAACUAGAAGAUAAGCUCAAACUUUCAAAGGACUGUCUGGACCACCUCCCCGCGCUCUCCCAGGGCCAUGCUAAUAUCUGACACCCUCCGAGACACCUGCAAGUGAGGCUCUUCCUCUUCUAGCACUGUCUGGACCACCUCCCCGCGCUCUUCCAGGGCCACGCUAAUAUCUGACACCCUCCGAGACACAUGCAACAGCUGACUCAAGUUCACCUUCUCCAGCAGCUGACUCAAGUUCACCUCCUCUAGCAGCUGACUCAAGUUCACCUCCUCUAGCAGCUGACUCAAGUUCACCUCCUCUAGCAGCUGACUCAAGUUCACCUCCUCUAGCAGCUGACUCAAGUUCACCUCUAGCAGCUGACUCAAGUUCACCUCCUCUAGCAGCUGACUCAAGUUCACCUCCUCUAGCAGCUGACUCAAGUUCACCUCCUCCAGCAGCUGACUCAAGUUCACCUUCUCCAGCAGCUGACUCAAGUUCACCUCCUCUAGCAGCUGACUCAAGUUCACCUCCUCCAGCAGCUGACUCAAGUUCACCUCCUCUAGCAGCUGACUCAAGUUCACCUCCUUCAGCAGCUGACUCAAGUUCACCUCCUCCAGCAGCUGACUCAAGUUCACCUCCUCCAGCAGCUGACUCAAGUUCACCUCCUCCAGCAGCUGACUCAAGUUCACCUCCUCCAGCAGCUGACUCAAGUUCACCUCCUCCAGCAGCUGACUCAUGUGUGGUGGAGUGGCUGAGGCAGUGGCAGCAGUCGGGGUUGAGUGUGGUACACUCAACCUGCUGAGAGAGAGAGAGAGAGAGAGAGAGAGAGAGAGAGAGAGAGAGGGGGGGGGGGGAAGGGAUCUCGUGACAAGACACUGAAGGAGGCGGUGAUGGUCUGAAAGGUGGAAUUAAUAUAUAACUCGUAAGAUUGGGUUGGAUACGAAAGGAUUAGAUUGGGUAGGUGUGAUUAGGUUGGUGAGAUGUUGAUGAACAGGUGACGUAGUUAAUUAAGAGAUGAAUAUGCUGACCAGAUCUGAGGUUAUUUGCAUGUCCUGGUGAAAAUACGCUUAACUAAUUGGCGAGAGUGUUAAGCUGCAAAGGUGAUUAGACUGUAGGUAGCGUAAUUAAGCUUGUCAGGAGAGAGAAGGCACAACCCACAUCCGCGUAGACCUAUACAUGUCCAUAACCCACGCCCACACGCACGCCUACGCACUCACACGCGCCCACGCACUCAUCUUAUGCCCACCGACUCACGCCCGCGCCGCCCACCACCUCACACACAUAAUCUAUUUAUAUAUUUAUCUCUCUGUGCUUUCACAUGGGUAAUGCAAGGCUGAGGUUACCGUAUCGUGCACCACUGAAGAGGUUGAAGUGGGUGUGAGGCUUAUUACUGAAUAAAUGUGCGUGAGCCUGUACUUCACUGAGUGCACUUGGUCAUGAAACAAUGGUGGACGAAAUCAUGCUGCUGCUGUGUUCCUCGGGGUGGGUAAUUGACAUAAGCAUCUAACUGAGAACCACCAAAUAUUAAUACGGCCUAAGGAAAACAUUUUUUUUUCUUUUUAUUACGAAUAUCUUGUCUUCCUGCUGUUACAGCUGAGGCAGGGGAAGAGGGGACAUAUGACUACUAAAUACUACGAUAGUCAGGUUAAAUAUCAAAGCAAUAUAACAGAAGAAUGGUAUUUAGACGAGACACUGGACCGACCACCACCACCACCACCACCACCUCCUUUUAGCUGAUUGAACAUUUUCGUAAUUUUCUCUUGAAAUUUCCUUUACACCAUCUGGCAACACAGGCGGGACCCGAGGUGAUUGUGCGGGAAAGCGCGAUUCUUCCUGUAAGCGUGGUGCUCACAGGAUAACAUGAAGCUCAAGGUGAAGACAGCGGUACACGAAUACGCUGCCAAGUAGAGAGAGGAGUGACAACAAAAACUGGACUCACUGACUCAAAAAAGCCAUGAAGGUUAUGACUCCAUCGCCACCAACUUCAGCCUCGCGGUGGCGGCCAGUAAGGAAUGGCAGCGUGGCGUGGAUGCUGUUGAUCGCUUGGCUAGUGAAGGUGCUAGAGGCUGGAGUGCCAGCAUCAGGAUCACGCCUUUCUGAGAUCAUAAUGGCAACACCACACCCGAAGACUCCUAUCAUCACUACCACUCGGCCCUCCCUCGAGCCAUCAGCCCUGCCUACAGGUCGGCCGCCUCCCCUCCACACUCCUGACGGGUACCUACAGUUGACCGUUACGUCUUCUGCGCACCUUCUGUUCUUGUCAGUUAACGAUAACGUGGUUAUGCAAGUAAGUACAACUCGCGCUAACGUGUCCACUGCACAUGAUCAUUACACUGCAUGGGAACAAACCUCGGGACUUUACGUGUUCGUCCUGCACCCGAGCGACGGCCGCGUCAUGCUGCAUCGAGUGCUGUCCACUGCCAUCUUUGGCGAGGGCCUCGAGGUGCCGAGCGUUUUCGCCUCCCUCACGCCUGGACACAUCUUAGUACUCGCCAUCAAGAAUGACGCUGCCCAGAAUUUAAGUAAGAAGAGCCGCCUCUUGCUGUAUCGCCUCGGAGUGCUCAGUGUGGGUACCCUGGACAAGCGAGAGUACCUGGCAUGGGUGGGCAUCAUCGGGGGUCCGACGUGGGCUGAGGCGCGCACCCUGGACGCUGAGGUAGAGCUGGGCAUGGUGUGGUCCUCGGGCGUGACUCUGGACGUGCUGGUGCCUCGCGUCCUGCACGACAGUUCUUGCUUGGGAGAAAGGCGAGGCAUUCGUGAGACAGCCAGGGCUCGUUUCUGCAGCUUAUACGAUGGCUAUGGUAGCUUGUGUUCCUGUCCCAAACCCGCCCCUCUUGUGUAUGAGCCCCCGGAGUUAGAGGAUAACACCAUCACGGACGUGCCCUUGCUCAUCCUGGCCAGCAACAGACCCAACUAUUUGUACAGGAGCCUGGUGACGGUGUUGCGUCAGGCGGGGGCAUCCAGGGACAGGAUUCUCGUGUUAGUAGACGGACAUUAUCAGCAGGUGGUCGAUCUGUUGAAUCUCCUCCAAGUCCAGUAUGAGGUGCGGACUGCAUGGGGCGUGACGGUAGGUGCUAGGAUCUCAGAUCAGUACCGCUAUGCUCUUAGCUUCGUGUUCCGCCGCUUCCCCCACGCACCCAAAGCCAUCCUGCUGGAGGAGGAUCUGAUAGUGGCGCCGGACUUCUUCAGUUACUUCAACCAGACGGCGUGGCUGCUGGACGCAGACCCUUCUUUAUGCUGCGUGAGUGCCUGGACGGAUCUGGGUGGCUUGCACACGGCGCACGAUCCCCGCCUGCUGCGCCGCGUGGAGGUACUGCCGGGGCUCGGGUGGAUGGUGGGCCGCAGCACCGCUCUCCACCUGCUCUCCAUGUGGAUGUCCCCAGAUCAGAACCAUGACUGGGAUAUAUGGAUGCGACAACCUGAUGUCCUCGGGGGGCGGGAGUGUGUCAUGCCUGAUGUGUCUCGCACCUUCCACAUCGGGUUCAUGGGCUCGCACGCUGCUGGCCUUCUUCACACUGCCUUCUUUGCCUAUAAGCCCGUGCCCGUCCUUCCAUAUGUGCCUUUGCUUAAUGUACACAGGCUGCAGCAGAGGGAAUACGAGGAGGACAUCUACAAGUUGCUGGACGGUGAGGUGUUUCUGCUGCAGCCUGGCCUUCACCCGUGCCAUCCGGACUACCUGCCUCGGAACUUGACGGAGCACCCUGUUGUGAUUUUUGUGGAGAUGACGAUGCCUGGAGACUUCUUCGCCUGGCAGUUCCUAGCACGGUGUCUAGGCGUCUGGGACCUGGACACGCGGGCUCACCACCGGGGACUCUUCCGAUUCUUCUUCUACGACACAGAAGUCUUGGUCAUUGGUUACCCCUUCAGUGACUACAGCUUCCUGAAGCCGUCUUGGCUCAACAUGCUGGAGGUGAACAAAACGGAGGAAGUGGAGAAGCUCAAUCUUAUGCCCCUGACGCAUCGCGCCCGCUUUAGGAGGCCCGCCUUGGAGCGUGACGUGCCCUUCUUGGACGUGCCCACACCUGUCUUCUGAGCGCCUCCUCUAGCCACCGAUGUUGCCUUAUGCAAUGUGGGGGCCUCAUGGUGCGACUUCCAUGCAUAUAUUACCUCGUUUCACGCGCCUGUGUGACUUUCUGCUCAGAACUGAAGAGACUAAAGAAGCAAGUAGGCUGUUGGACAAGGCUGUGCAUAGCGUAGAUCUCAAUUAUUAUGUAUCAUGAGUUCUGCAAGAAUUAUAUAUAGUAUGAGCCGCAGUCUUAAGACAAGGAUGCUUAGAUGGUAGCAAUAAACCACCCAUAGGAAAACAUUAUUUUACUAGCGAGUAAGUGAAAGAUGUUAUUUUAUUGCUAAACUUACCUGCUCUGUAGCAAGCUGGUCAGGAAGCACUGACAAGGAGUAUUAUUGACUCUGCCUGAGGGAAGUGCAGCCAUGUUUGUACAUACGUCCUAAGUGCUGAGAGCUGGAUUCUUUGUAAUUUAUCGUAUCAUCGAAAUUGAAUACAUUUGUAAUGGAACAAUAAUGUCUUGAAGUCACGCAUUUUCAUGGAUUAUCAUUUAUACCAGAGUGAAUUUGUUCAAGCCAAGAGUUCUUGCUGCAGGAACAAGACUACAUAAAACGGGAACAGGAAUCUAAGAGAGAGAACCAGUCCACGUUAAUGUUGUGGUAUAUUCCAUUCAAUAUACCACGAGUGAGUGAGGAAGGCAAUGAUGGUGGGGGUUAGGGGAGAAGGAGGGUUGGGAGACAGAGAAUAAGAUGGAGAGACGUAAUAAGGAAUGAUAUAAACAAGCUGGGAGUGCAAGAUGAUGGAAUGGAUAGAAACAGAUGGAGAAGGAUAACUCGAGCGGCUGACCCUGCAAUACAGUGUGAUUAAGGUCGUAUGAAGAAGAAGUGUGCUGUGUGCCUGCAGCUGUUCUGUGAGGUGGGACGUACUACCCAACGACAGAGACGCUUUGCAGAGUGAGGGCCGGUGGUGCGACCCUGACUUAGGCUAUAGUGUAGUAGUGUGCCUCGUGUACUGCGGUACUGCUCUGUGUGGGCAAUAAAGGCAGGAAUGCUA